AUAUCAAUAGUGGUGUGAUACCCUUUCAGUACGACUAUUUUAAGUACGAAAAACUGUAAAAAGAAAAAAAUGGGAUUUGAUAAAAAGAAAAGAAAACAGAGAAGUAAGAAGAAUAGACAGACUAAAACACUUUUGGUUUUUGAUGAAAAGGCUAGAAAGGAUUAUUUAACUGGAUUUAAGAAGAGAAAAGAUGAGAGAAGGAAGAAAGCUCAAGAUCAGGUGGAAAAAAUGAUAAAGGAAGAAAGAAGAAAAAUGAAACAGAAGGUUGCCAUUGAUUUUUAUUGUUCUAAAAAACUUUUUCCCCUAGUAUAACCAUGUUAGAUUUAA